AUGCUGGGAAACAUACAUUCCUGCGAUGAACAAAAGGGAAGAAAAGAGUGUUUUUCUGGCAUCUAUCAGCAACUGUCUAUGUUCUAUGAUAUGAGAACACCACAUUUGCACAGAGGCCCCAAUUUCCUGAGUCACAGAGAGUAUAUUUCCCUGCACUUUUUGAGCCUUGUGAACCUAUUUCUAGGUGAUACUAGGACUGCUCACGAGGAAACAGAUUGCAAGAGAGUGUCUGAGAGUGCUGAGGGCCAUACUGUUGCUGCCAACAGAGAGAAAAUGCUAACUUUGCCAACAUGGUUCAGUAUCUAG